AUGGGUGCCGAGAACCUGAGGAUGACCCAGGGCCGUCUCCUGGCGGCUCUGGUGUGGGCGCUGGUGCUGGGCUCGACUGUUUACCGCCGCUUCGACCUGGGCCGCUUGCGUUGGGUGCUGAUGCUUCAUCACCUGUUGGCCGCAGCUGGCUUGGACGAGGCCCUGCUGAUGUCCUUCUCCGCGCAGGAGCCCUUCUUCCUGCGGCUGCUCCACCCAGGUGCCGUGGUGACGCCUUGGGCGCCUUCCUUUCUGCCCAACAAGCAGAGCGUCUUGGGGGCUCUUACCUAUGCCUCUUUCCUUUUGCUGGCCAUCUACCAGCUGGUCGCAUACCGAGUCGGUGACGAGGAUGUUUGGCAGACCGUGACAGUGACACUCUGGGCGCAGUACAGUCAGUGA